AUGAAGUCUCCAUUAGACACGUGGCUGCAGGAUCUUCACAUUGCGGUUGGUGCUUACUUUGCGCGGGAUCCACUUCCCCGCGGUGUGGGACCACAGCAGCGCAUAGAGGGAUGGAAACAAAAAGAAAGAAAACUCUUUACCGCAGAAACACUACCAACAACAGUAUCCACACCAUCAGUAUCUGGGAACCGUGAUAAUAGUGGGGUUCUCUCCGUUGCAGUUUAUUCCACUCCCACGACAGUUUUACCUAUCACUAGUACUACAAAUACUACUACUAUUAAUACUAUUAAUAAUAAUACUACUUCUACUAGUAGUGCUAAUAUUAAUACUACUAAUCCUACAACAACUACUACUAUUACUACUAGUACUAGUACUACUAGUAGUAGUAAUAAUAAUAUUAUACGAGAGCCGCAGAGAGUUUAUAAUCACACAACGAAUGCCGCAAUAGCUACAUCUACAGUAAGUACAGCUGCGGCCAUCACAUCAUCACCAUCAACUCCCACGUUAUCAGAAAUUAAAGCACAAAUGUGCGAUAUCACAGAAAGACUACGGCGUGCUCAGAGACACAGAGAUGAUCUUGUGCUUCAGGAAGACGAGGAACAUGACAUUAGUGAGGCUAUUGCCCAAUCUGACCGCACUGUGGCUGAGUUAGAAGCUCAGUUUCUCCAACUUCGACAAAUACAGGCAGUACUACUACGACGUCCUCCACCAAGUUGUAGUAGUAAUAAUAGUAGUAUUAUUAGUAGUCCAGUUACUAUUAUUAACGGACGGACAUCAUUUACAUCUUCAUCUUCUUUUAUUGCUGCUGGUGCUGGUGCUGCUGGUGUGGCUAUUGGGGCAGCACAUGGUCCUCCUGAUAGAAGUUUAGGAAGUGGUGGGGCAUUUGAUAUGAAUAACACAGCAAUGGAUGCUGUUGAGAUGCGGAAGUCUUUUCAAGGAGUAAUGCAGGGUGGGAUUCCAUCAUAUGUAAACAAUUAUUCCUAUGAACAGGGAAGUAAUGCAUAUCCUCCACGGACUGGUAUGAAUAAUGGACCACAACGGUUUAGUUGGGAAUCAUAUGAACAAUCACCACUUCAUCCACAACAACAACAACUACAACAACAAAGAGGAUUAUCUGAUAAUACACCUAUUAGACUUCCUGUAAAUCCUUUUGAUCGUUAUAGUGGAGAAAAUUUUCCCUGGUCAACCGAUUUACGACGAACUAUGAUUGAUAUAUUUGGUCUUCAUCAAUAUCGUUUCCUACAACUUGAGAUUAUGAAUGCCUGUAUGGACAAUCGUGAUGUCUUUGUUCUUUUACCUACUGGAGGAGGAAAGUCACUCUGUUAUCAACUCCCCGCACUCUUACCAAAUCCGGCACAAGUUACUAUAGUGAUAUCCCCACUUAUUUCACUUAUUCAAGAUCAAGUGUAUGCACUUAUUGCUAAUGAUAUUCCUGCUAUGGCAUUAACAGGUCAAACAUUAGAUGCUUCACGACGAUCUCUCUUCUCUGAAUGGGCAUCUAGACAAAUUAUUCAUACUUUAGUUUAUGUUACACCUGAAUACUUUGGACGAAGUGAUCAUUUUGUACAAUCUCUCAUGCAACUUGCAACUCGUGGACUUUUAAGUCGAUUUGUUGUGGAUGAAGCGCAUUGUGUAUCUCAAUGGGGUCAUGAUUUCCGUCCGGAUUACAGAAAAUUGGCAAUAUUAAAACAACAGUUUCCUACUACACCCAUUACAGCACUUACAGCUACCGCAACAGAUAUGGUAAAACAAGAUAUUAUAUCAACUUUAGGGUUAAGAGAUGCUUUAGUGUUUAAAGGAUCAUUUAAUCGACCAAAUCUACGUUACUCUGUACGUAAAGUGGGACGGGAUGUAAGUUCACUUGUGGUAGAUCUUGUUAAGCAUCAAUUUCCACCAAGAUCAUGUGGUAUUGUUUAUUGUCUUUCACGAAAAAACUGUGAAGAGAUGGCGACCGCAUUAUCAGCUGCUGGAAUACGUGCUUCAUACUAUCAUUCAGAAGCGAGUGGAAAAAAUGAUAAACAAGAACGAUGGACAAAGGAUGAACUUCAAGUGAUAUGUGCUACUAUUGCUUUUGGAAUGGGAAUUAAUAAACCAGAUGUUCGUUUUGUUAUUCAUGCAGCGAUGCCUAAAUCUAUUGAAGGGUAUUAUCAAGAAAGUGGACGAGCUGGUCGUGAUGGAUUACCCUCGCAAUGUAUUUUACUUUGUUCACCUAGAGAUAAACAAAGAAUUGAACAAAUGAUUCAUGAUAGUAAAGAUUGGAAAACUUCACUGGAUUCCUUACAUCGAAUGUUAGCCUAUACUGUGAAUGAUGUUCACUGCCGUCGAAUGCAACAACUUGGUCACUUUGGUGAACACGUAGAUGUACAUUACUGUUUAACACAACCUGCAGGAUCUGUAGAAGUGUGUGAUAACUGUGCUAGUAAAAGAGAUGAAAAUUGGGAAACCACCUCUAUGGAUAUUUCAACCAUAAUCAUUGAUCUCUUUAACAUCAUUAAACAUCUCGGUUCCCUCACUUCACGUCAACUCGUCGGUGUAUAUCGUGGAACUGCAGAUAUUGGAAAAGCUAUUGAGACCCGCAUGCGGCAGAAGGGUGCUCCUGUAGAAUAUAAAGCCGGUACACGUCAUUCCAAAUUACUAUUAGAACGUGUAGUACUGGAAGGAUUACUAAUGGGUAUAUUUAAAGAACGACUAGAUACGGUGAAUGACUACGUCACCUGUGCGUUUAUUGAGGCUGGUGAGGGGGCAGGUAUACAAUUACUACGCAAUGUGCAGAAUGGAACACAACGAAUUGAAAUCCCUUUGCGAGGAGAGAAGAAAAAGAAAGAUACCAUUCCCAAAACUACUACUACUACUACUACUACUAUUGGUAGUAGUAGUAGUAUAGAGAAGAAUAGAGAUGGUGGUGUUGAUAUUAUGCAGAGAGUCUCAGCUGAGAAUGAAGAAGACGCCGUUCCUGCAGGAGGGAAUUCCCCUUGUAAAGGUCGUAAAGGGAAAAGAACCAAAACUUCAAAGGAAGAGGCAAAAGAACGAAGAUCUCUGGCUACUGCCGCUGAUGCGAAAACAACAAAAACAACAAAAACCACUACUACUACACAGCGAGGAAAGCAUGGACGAGAGGAAAUGCGUACAAAAAAGAAAAAAUCAUCACGGAAAGCAUCUGCUGGACGAUUUGUACUCACAGAAUGUGAAGGUUCUUCUAUUUCUUCUUCUGCUGCUUCCUCCAAUCUCUCUGGUGUGGACAGCAGUGAAGAAGACUCUCUUGCAGGAUUUGUAACGGACGGUGUGGAGUCAUUCUCAUCCUCAUCCUCAUCAGCAGCCACACAAUCCACAUCCUCUAUUGUCUCUCCACCGCGAAAGAAGAGACAACGCCGCGGUGGACAUCAGCCAUCCGCCUCCUCCAUAUCUUCUUCACAUAUAAACAGUACAAGAACAACAACCACAACAGGAAUCAUUGGCAGUGGUAAUACCGCAACCUCAUCCCUCUCUGUAGAAACACCAUUAAAGGUAGUUAUGAUUCCCGCCGCUCGUCUACGGCAACUUCAAGAUGAACUUCUUGCACAGAUGGAAUCUCUUGUACAAUCCCUCGCGGAACGUUCAGAGGGUGGACGACAGUAUAAUGUGAUGCCAAAGAAAACCAUGCACACACUCGUGGAAACUCUCAGUGUUCCUAGCUGGGGCUCUGUCGCACAGUUAGGUGAUCUGGAAGGUCUUGGUAAGAACAAAGUAAAGAAGUUCGGUGCGGAAAUUCUUCGACUCUAUCGUCAAUUCCGUCAUGAACACAUUGGGGAUGUUGCGGAACUCACCUUAUUGGAAGAGGAAAUGCUGCGACAGACAACAACGGGAAUGGCAAACCGAAAUCGUUUACCUCGUGGAGAUGUACGUACAGGGAAAGUCAUUGAUGACACGGAAACUCCCAUCAAAGCACAAGACUCGGGUUUACUACAACCACAACCAUUACCGCAAGGGAAACGUUUGAUGUUGGACUCCGACGGUACUCCACAGAAACCACCACAGAUAAUGACAAUACCACAAGUAUCAGGAGCAAUAGAGAUAUCACCAACAGGAAGAGCAACCGCAACUUCUACUACUAGUAUUAAUACUAAUACUAAUAAUAGUGUUAAUGCUACGACGACAGUGAUAGGUGGUCCAUCAGCACCAAAGAAAACAUUAUUCAAAAUGCCUGAUGUGGUUUCUACAGUUGAGGAAACUCCUCCACGAACACUUGGUGUACCUGUUGUUUCUUUAACAUCCGGUAGUCUUUCUUCUCCUAUGGAUCCCGUUAUUACAUUUCCCCCCACGGAAGACUCUACUAGGGCAGUAUGGCAGCAGAGUCAUCAAUCCUUUGCGCUAUUUCCAGAUCCUCAACAUCAGCAACAGGAACAAAUGUUGCCUCCAUCUAUCGGACAAGAGUUAAUCGGAGCAACACCACUGCCGUUGGGAUCGGAACUCGUCACUUUAACACAACAACCACACCAACCACUACAACAACAACAACAACAUCCGACACCGUUUGAUGUUAUGGGUGAUGACUAUUUAAUGCGUAUGUGUGAUGAGUCCAUCGCACGUACACCUCUGCGACCAGCCAAUUCAACGGAUUUAACGUACAAUUAUCCCGUUAGCAGCAAAGUAGGAGAAACAACAACAACAACAAGAGUGUCGUGGACACCUGCAGGAGAAAAUGGAAUUCCCCUUAUGCCACGGUGGCAGCAACAUGUACCAUCCUCUGAUAAGAAUCGCAUGGGUAAUGGUAAUAACAGUGGUGUUGUUACUCGGGGUGAAGUUAUUACAGUGAACUCAGAUGAAGAUGAUGAGUAA